AUGAAGUUGCUUGGUGCUAAGCUAGAUGUUGAUGACUUGGAUCCAUCUUUUGUACACCCAGCUGAUUCAAACCAAAAGAUCCAUGUUGUUCUUGAUGUAUGCCACAUGCUGAAACUGGUACGUAACACCCUGGCAACACAAAAAAUUAUCACAGAUGGAAAUUUUGGCAAUAUUCGGUGGGAACUGAUUGAAGAACUGCACAAGAUCCAGGAUGAGGAAGGGCUACGACUUGGAAAUAGGCUCAGAGGGGCACAUAUUCAGUGGGCAAAGCAGAAAAUGAAGGUUAACUUCGCAGCCCAAACAAUCAGUGAAAGUGUGGCAGAUGCUAUAGAAUUUUGUGAUCUGGUCUUAGAGAUUCCUGCCUUGCAUGAUUCUGCACCAACUGUCAAGUUUAUCAGAAUAUUUGACCAUCUGUUUGACAUUUUUAACUCUAGAAAUCCCUAUGGAAAGCAUUACAAAAGCCCACUACGAGAGUCAAACAAGCAAGCAUGGCAACCAUUCCUAACAGAAGCAAUGCAAUACAUUAGUACUCUCACCGACUCCUGUGGUACACCAAUGGUGAAGACAAAGCAAAAAACUGGCUUCCUAGGUUUUCUUGUUGCUAUCAAGAGAAUCGAAUGUCUGUUCAACAAGUUAGUCAGAAACACUAAUGUUUCUAUGACAUACCUGUUAACAUAUAAACAGAGUCAAGACCACUUGGAGUUAUUCUUUGCAGCAAUACGCUUGUCAGGAGGUUGGAACAAAAAUCCGACAGCAACACAAUUCAUGGCUGCCUACAAACGCCUGCUCCUACGUCACGAAGUCAGUGCAUCUGGAAAUUGUACAGCAUUAGAUGCUACAAACAUUCUACAUGCUGUAAAAGAUACCACAAUCAUCAACCAUGUUAAUGCUGAUAUUGAUGUUUCUGACAUAACAACCAUCCGAAGAUAUGACCUAAAUGUACGCCUAGAACCACAACAAACAGAUCAUGAUUAUGUGGAUGCUCCAAAUUUUAACUAUUUAAGCUCUUACAAAGAAGCAGCUGUUGGUUACAUUGCAGGUUAUGUGGUCAGAAUGGUAAAACGGUCAGUAACUUGCGAAUCUUGCAUUGAUGCUCUCGUGGAGAAAGAUCCAAACAACACUAAGUUUAACUCAUUGGUGAGACAGAAAAACCAUGGAGGACUAAUUGAAGCUUCUGCAAGUGUUUACCAAAUUUGCGAUUGUCUCAGCAAUUUUAUCAGUGGUCUUGGAAGAAGCUGUCAAGAAAAAUGCAUUUUCAUCUCUCCAUGA